CUGAGGAUUGUGGGAGCAACAGGAGCGCCUGCGCGGGUUUGCUCUGGGUUCAUUUGUUUCAUUCGGCUAUGAUUUAUAUACCCGCGAGCGCAUAGUUUAGUUUAGAUAUAGGUUUAACUGUAACGUUAGUUCUGUUUAGCGCUGUUUUUGGGGGAGAGGCUGGUUUGUCCUGGAGCUCGAGCCUCUUUUACUGCACUAAUAACAGCAGUGAUAUUAUUAGUGUUGUUAAUAAUUUGUGCAGCGGUUGUGCAGCAGCAUGCAGCAGGCGCGAGUUCUCCUGGCCGUGCUGUCCCUGUUCGCGUGCCCGGUGUGGGGUAAGCCCACCCUGAGGAAGGAGCGCGUGAUCCACGACCCCCAGCCCAGCAGACCCCCGCCCGAGGAGGACCAGAGCCACCGCUACGAUCAUGAAGCGUUCCUGGGGAAAGAGGACGCCAAGACCUUCGACCAGCUCAGCCCGGCGGAGAGCAGAGACAGGCUGGGAAAAAUUGUUGACCGCAUUGAUGCAGAUGGCAAUGGAUACAUUACUACAGAGGAGCUGAAGGCGUGGAUAAAGAGAGUCCAGAAGCGCUACGUUUAUGAAAAUGUGGCAAAAGUUUGGUCGGACUACGAUCUAAACAAAGAUAAUAAAAUCUCCUGGGACGAGUACAAGCAGGCAACAUAUGGAUAUUAUCUUGCAAACCCUGAGGAGUUUGAAGAUGCCACAGAUCAGUUCAGCUUUAAGAAGAUGCUUCCGAGAGAUGAGCGGAGAUUUAAAUUGGCCGAUCUGGAUGGAGACCUUGCAGCGGAACGAGAGGAAUUUACGGCUUUCCUUCAUCCGGAGGAGUUCGACCACAUGAAGGAGAUUGUGGUUCUGGAAACUAUGGAGGAUAUUGAUAAGAAUGGGGACGGCCAUGUGGAUGAAGAUGAAUACAUUGCGGACAUGUUCGCUCAUGAAGAAGGCGGUCCGGAGCCGGACUGGGUGAAAACUGAGAGAGAUCAGUUCUCAGACUUUCGGGACCUGAAUAAAGAUGGAAAGAUGGACCUGGAGGAGAUCCGACACUGGAUCCUGCCACAGGAUUAUGACCACGCCCAGGCUGAAGCCAGACACCUACUGCUGGAGUCUGACACUGACAAGGAUCAGAUGCUGACGAAAGAGGAGAUCCUGGAGAACUGGAACAUGUUUGUGGGCAGCCAGGCAACCAACUAUGGAGAAGAUUUAACCAGGAACCAUGAUGAGCUGUGAGCUAGACAGGGCCUGCCUGCAUCAUUAUCCGUGAUGGCUCAGUGAUGAUGGUCUGGUUUAGUGGGACGUGGGAUCUCCUUCUGCUGUGUCCAGGAUGAAGAUUCACUCAUCUACCUCAGUGACCAAACACGGGGUGAAGCCCUCAGUCGGGCAGGACAGACACUUCAUCCUGUUGUCCAUUUGUCCAUUCCGUUCCUGGGUGGAUCUGGACGCUCCAGGAUUUUUAUUAUUUUUUUUUCUUUUGUUUGUUUUAUUUCUUUCUUUCUUUUGUUUUUACACUAAGUCCAUAAUGAGCCUGAGACUCAUUCUGUAGAGCUGUCUGUUUUUGUUUCAUGAAACAGCUGAAAGAAUGAAACUGUAUUUAUUUAGUGGUUAAACUGAAGCUGGUUACUGUGGAGCUGCUUGCUGAGACCACAUAAUGUCUGUUACUGUUCGUUUUAAAACAGCGUGUUUAAGUGUAGAGGAAACUUUAAACGUAAAGUUAUUAUGUUAUUAUGUUCUUCUGGUUAAAACAGUUUAAAACUGAGUCUGGGGUUGUCUUACCUUUCCUACCCUUAUCUGUCCUUUUUUAAAGCACAUUUAAAAAAUGUUUUUAUUGCAUUUUGAGUUAAGUGUCUGUUGUUUCAGGUCCUUUUAGACGGAGUUAUUCACAAGAAACAAACAAGCAAUUAUGCCUUAUUUAAAUAGUGUAUAGAAUGAACUCACAGAAAACAUAAUUAAAUCCAGUUAGAGGUUUUCUUAAUGAUGCACUACCAUGGUAUACACUCCUUACUUUUUUAAAGUACUUACUUUUUUUCCCCAGCAGAUAGAGUUAGUGUUUAUUUUGGGAUGGGGAUUAUUUUGUAGUUCUGAAUAAAGUUCAGAGUGUUGUGAAUUUAUAUUGAAUUCUAUUAAAAUUCAUUAAUCAUUAAAAA